CACGUAUACGUAUAGCCAGAACAGGCGGUGUAGCGCCUGCGUAUGGCGCGCGUUCGUGUGUCAAAUGACUUACGUGUUAUUCCGAACAUCCGUUUUUGCUAUAUACAAUACAUACCCAUCUACAUCCACUUACAAGCGCAGUAAAGAGCAGCUCGAGCCAGAGUGUAAAAUAUCGCGUCCUGCAGAGGAAUCAUGAACAUCGUCGCCGUGGCUUGCAGUUAGCGCUGUACUCGGGACAAUUGCGCAAUAUACUUACGCUUUUUCCGAGAAAACAACUAUAUCGGUUUCUUCUUCUGUCUGCGCGCGAGAGUGUGUUUCAAGUGCUUCUAAUAUAGUACAAAGGUCGUCUCUGCGCAGAGAAAAAGGACAUAUAGCGACAAGUGCAUCAGCGUCUGUGCGAUAAGACGCAGCUACGACGUGUAGGCUAUUGUAUAGGUGAGCGAUUAUCGCGUUUCUGCAGUAGGAUGCGUUGUGCACGUCGCGCGGAAGCUGUUUAUCUCUCGGGAUUCUCGAUCGAAGAGCUCGUCGUAUAGCAUAAACAUAUACACACUGCUGUUGCGCUGGAGAGCGGCCAAAAGCGCGUGACAUCUCUCUCUCUCUCUCGCAGGCUCGCGUUUCCUAGACGACUUUUGGCGCGACUCUGUUAUUAUCUUUUCGUUUGGACGCUUCCCGUACUCGCGCAUAUAAUUAUCCUGAGAACUCGGGAAUUCGCAAGAAUAAAUCGGUCUGGAGAAAAAAGUUGGUCGCGCGCAGAUAUAUAUAUAUAUAAGGUGAAAGGUGCAGCUGUUGACCAAAAUGGUGAUGACAGAGGAGCAGCCUGGGCCUUCGAACCCAUCGGGCUCUGCUACAGAGGAAAAGGAGAGGGAUGAUCGCAUGUUCGAGUGCAACAUCUGUCUUGACACUGCCAAGGAUGCGGUUGUCAGCAUGUGUGGGCACUUGUUUUGUUGGCCUUGUUUACAUCAGUGGCUAGAAACCCGUCCUACGAGACAAGUUUGCCCAGUUUGUAAAGCUGCAAUCAGUAAAGAAAAAGUCAUUCCACUCUAUGGUAGAGGAGCUACAAAACAAGAAGACCCAAGAAAUAACGUUCCACCUCGUCCUGUGGGCCAAAGAUCAGAACCUGAAGCUAAUGUAGGUUUUCCUGGUAUUGGAUUUGGUGAUGGUAGUUUCCAUAUGUCAUUUGGCAUUGGGGCUUUCCCGUUUGGAUUUUUUACUUCAACUUUUAAUAUCGGAGAAGGAUCACGACCAAGUGCAGCACCGCGUGGUAGUACACAAUUCGAAGAUGAUACGUUCCUGUCAAAAUUGUUUUUAUGGCUAGCAUUCGCCUUCAUUGUAUGGCUGCUCCUGGCAUAACACUAUUUCCAGGACUCAAUUCCUGGACGUGUAAGUCCACUCAUCCACUUCUUGUACUAAUACAUCGACUUGUGUGUGACUAUCGUAAAACAACUGGGUUCUAUCUCUUGACACAACAUUUCAUUUGAUGAAAUUCAUCAGUGGACAAUGUCGAUGCUUAUUGUAGCAAGUUUAACGCAAAAACGAGCGCAUCGCAGCGGUUAUUACGCGGAGGUGUGAAUGCUGCUGUUGACUGAUAUUUUUCAAGCCAACUGGAAAAAUUUUAAAUGGCGUAAUUCUUUUUUAUCAGUGUACAAAAUGCAUGUAAGGUUUGACUAUAUACUAUAUUUCGAAUGUUUGCUUUGUAUCAGUUUGUUGUCUUUCUUCUUUAUUGUAAAAGUCUAUGGACAAGCUUGGUUCUGGAGAUAUUGUUAAUGAUUAUUUACUUGUAUAUAUAUAUAAAAAAUAUCUUUAGCUACAUAAAGUAUUGCCAAUCAUACUGAAAGUGUAGGAUUACAUACCUUAAACAUGAUACUUCAUCACUACACCCAGGCGGUUUUCGAAAUAAUGCCAGGCCAUCAUAAUGUAUAUAAUUUAGUUAUUAAGACGACCCAUAUGGAUUUGCACUCUUAAUUACAAACUUGAGAGUCCUUAUAAUUUAAGGACGUGUCUUUACGUCGUAAACUAGUGAGUCGCAAUAUUUUAAUAUUGCGACGCUGUAGAAUACAUAUUGAUGAUAGCUCCUAGUUUUAUAAAUCCCAUAAGUAAUCUAAUGACAAACUUCGCUUUAUUUAAGGGAAUAAAUGUACACUCAAGAUUACUUACAAGUAAUUUGUGAUUUUUAUUCGCGCAAGAUAUACAGAGAUAAUUUUUACAUUAUUUUCAAAAUUGUAAUGCAGGCUUAUCGAUUAAAACUUACCAAAACCUACGCUUCUGAAGAAGAGGUUGUAAUUUCUCGUUAGAGUUUACAUUCCGUGCAGAUGCUUGUAAAAAGUACGUAUCAUGAAAUUGCUGAAAUAAAAGAUCGUCGUAAGAUAAAACGCGCGUUCUUCGGACCCAAGAUUAAGACUGUCUUCAGAUUACAGCUGCCUGCAAUGUUUUCAAGAUUCAACCAUGUUAACAAAUCAAUAAUGCGUAAUAGUUACAAUAAAUUGCAUUUAAUAUACUAUGUGCACUCUUUGCAGCAGUUUCCUUUUUUUCAGUUACUAGCUUAUCAUUAAAAUAAUUCCUAGUUGAACUUUUCCUGGUGCAAAUCCUUGUCAACUCAAGUUGAGUAAUUGUGCUCAUGUUAAUUUAUGAUUGAUCUGCAUAAUUUCUAUUUAUAAUGAUACAUUAUAAGAAAUUAUAGCUUUAAAAUAAUGCCUUUAUUUAUUACAGAUUAUCUAUAGAGUUAUAUCAAAGUUUUAUUACAAAUCCUGUUGUAAAUUUCGUUAUUUUGUUGCGUUGAUAUAGAGUGCAUUUUAUAUAAAGAUGUAAAAUAAAUUGCGCAUCAUCAAGAUAAUUACAAAAGAACUUCUGUUUAAACUUAAUGCUCUUGUAAAUUAAAUCAAGUGAUGAAUAAAAAUUACUAACAUUUCAAUCAA